CAUUUAAUGUUGUAUCAACAACAACACUUAAAUUAUCAAAUAGUGGCAAUGAACGACUUGCUUAUAAAAUAAAAACAACAGCUCCGAAGCGUUAUUGUGUUAAACCAAAUAGUGGUUUUCUUGAACCACAUGGCACAGCAAAUAUUCAAGUUAUGUUACAACCACAUACAUCAGGUCAAGACGAUGAUCGUAGUAAACAUAAAUUUAUGGUACAAUGGGUUGAUGUACCAAAUAGUUAUUCGGAUGAUGUAGAAAAUUUUUGGAAGCAAGAUUUAUCAAAACUUAACGUACAUGAUUCAAAAUUAAAAUGUAUUUUUAAUGAUGACCAACCAGCUGCUGUUGUACCAAAUGAUUCAUAUGGACAUAAAGAUAUUGAAACAACAUCAACACGUCCUACUCAAUCGACAAAUGCUGUUGAUAAUCGUCCUCAACAACAAACUAAUAAAAAUGAACAACCAACAUCAGCAAGUUUAAAUCAACGAUCAGUUACGAAUACAUCACGAGAUACAAAUCCUUUGCAAAAUCAACAUCAAGAUCGUCAACAGGAUGUUAGUGAUGAUUCAAAUAAAUUACGUCUUAAACAAGAACUUGAUCGUUUGAAAGACGAAAAUGAAAACUUAAAAGAAAAACUUAAACAACAAGAAUUACGACAAAGAAGUACAGGUAGUGAUCGUAUUGAUAAUCCAGUUAUUGAUCGAUAUAAAUCAAAUCAACAACAACAACAAAAAGGCCUUGUACUCUUUGGUAUUGCUUUAAAUGAACAACUCGUUCUUGUGGCUUUUGUUAUUGCACUAUUAUUCGGUUUUUCACUCGGUUAUUUUCUUUUUUCUUGUGGUAACUAG